AUGCGACUGACUGCUGCUCUCAGCAUUCUUCCCGAGCUUUAUUGUGCUAUCCAAGUCGCCCUUUUCCCAACCUUCCGAGAUGUUUGGCUGAAUCCGAUCCUCAUAUUCGACGUAUUUCGCGUGUUCAUGACCCACGUUUGGGUCAAGUUUGCCGACCCUACCAAUGAAGGAGGACGCGUGGUUAAGGAAGGUCUGAUCACUCCACAUGCCACAGGUAUAGUCCUGGACUUGGGCGCAGGACAUGGCCAUACCGUAGACUUUUUGGAUCGCCAACAAGUCACAACUUACAUCGCACUGGAGCCAAACGGGGACAUGCACACUUUACUUCGCCAGAGAGCUGCGGCUGCAGGCUACUUGGAAUCAGAUGGAUCCCUCAUUGUUCUUUCUUGCUCGGCAGAAAAUAUCCAGAUGAUUCUCGAACGUAUAGGUCGGGGUACACACCCUGUCGAUACCAUCGUCUCAGUGCUUACCAUGUGUACCAUACCCUCACCUCAGCGUACAAUGAGACGACUCGUCCGGGACGUCUUGAAGUCUGGAGGCGAGUUCCUCUAUUAUGAGCAUGUUCUGAGUCCGAGAAGCGACGUUGCAUGGUGGCAAAAGUUUUGGGCGCCUUUAUGGUCUCUGUUCUUCGACGGAUGCCGGAUGGAUCGCCCGUCUCAUUUAUUGGUGGAAGAAAUGAGGGAUAUUGAUAUCGACGGGAAGGAAACGUCAAUGUGGAGAGAAGGACGAUCGUGGGGUAAACUAGGGGAAUCAGAAGAGAAUCUGUGGUGGCAUCAGGCAGGAAGAUUUGUCAAACGGUAA